AUGUUGGGCAAAAAAUCUAUCAAGGUCAAUGGCGCUGAUUGCGGCGUCGAAGCUCUCGUGUUGGGAGCCGUCACCUCCAUGGGCGGGUCCCUCUUUGGGUACGAUACAGGUCAAGUUUCGGGAAUACUUUUGUUUCGGGAUUUCAUUGACAGGUUUGCACAAACCAAUGACGAUGGGGAGAAAGUUUGGUCGCCAACGAUUAACUCAUCCAUCGUUUCUUUCAUGAGCAUUGGCUGUUUGAUCGGAGCCCUGUCAAGCGCUUACACGGCAGACUGGUGGGGACGCCGGAAAAGCAUUUCCUUUGGGGUGGUCAAUUUCAUCAUUGGAAAUAUCAUCCAGAUCACCGCCACGAACAGCUGGUUACAUAUGAUGAUGGGUCGCUUCGUUGCGGGUAUUGGUAUUGGAAACUUAUCAGUCGGCAUCCCCAUGUUUCAAUCCGAAUGUUCUCCCAGAGAAAUACGCGGCGCCGUGGUCGCAUCGUACCAGCUCAUGAUCACCAUUGGCAUCCUGACUGCAAACGUCAUCACCUACAACGUCCGAAACAGCGAAACCUCUAGUUCCUCGUGGAGAACCGUGAUUGGGAUCGGAAUUGCCCUUUCGCUGCCUCUCGCCUUGGGCAUUCUCACAGUUCCCGAAUCACCCAGAUGGCUUGCUGGUCGAGGCGACUAG